AUGCCGUUGGAUCAGGAGACGAUAAAUGAUAAGUUAAAUUUAGCCAUAUUAUAUUUCAAAUCUUCAGAUUAUGAAAAAGCAUUAAAUCUAUAUAAUCAAUUAAUUCUCCAGUGUCAAAGCUACACGAUUGAUGAACUCAAAUUGAUCAGGGUGAAUAUAUAUAAUUUGAACGAAACCCCACUUGUUGGCCCUAUAGUACAUCCAAAACUAGGGUCUUUGUUAGAUCAGAGAGCUGCAACGUAUGAAAAAUUAGACCAAUUGGACAAAUCUUUAAAAGAUGGAGAAAAGUUGAUUAGACAUGAACCAAUAAGCUGCAAAGGUUAUUUGCGGGUCGCAAAGGUCUUAUUGAUUAUUAAGAAGGAAGUUGACGCCUAUAAGACUUUACAAAGAGGCAACUAUAUUAUUUGUAAUGCUAUUGAAAAAUACAAUAUUGCAGUUCCAGAGAAAUUAUUCAAUAGUUUGAAAAGUCAAUAUAAAACGUUGAACAGAAGACUCAAACAACAGAAGGAGCAAUACAGUAAUAAUAAUGUUAUAAAUAAGAGUCUCGACAAAAGCUUGGAAAAGAUGUUAGCGCUCAAAAGAACAAAAUCAGUGUCAAGUACAUCGUCAAAGAAGUCGAAGAAGACAUUAGACCCAUUUAAUUAUUUACCACUAGAGAUAAUAGAGUUGAUAUUUCAAGCAUUUAAUCUCAAGGAUGUUCUUCGAUGCCAUCUAGUGUCGUCAAAAUGGUAUAACUUAUUGGUGAACAUACCAUCAUUAUACACAAGUAAAAUUUCAUUCAAGCCAAGAAUUACCACUAAUGAAUUCAUUAACGGUGUAAAGUUAAUAAAAAAGGUUAUAGACAAAUCGUAUUCAAAACAAAUCAAAAUGUUGAAACUUAGGUCUACAGCAAACAAUGUGCAAUUAUUCAAGAUGAUUGAACUAUUAAUAUCCGAGAAACAGCUAAAAUUACAAGGAUUAGAUGUCAUAAAUAAAUACUUGAGUUUUGAAUUUUUUAUUAAUAAAUUAUACAAAACAAAUUGGAAUGUUUCGAAUCUUAAUAGCUUACAAUUUUUAAGGUUAGGUAUCAGAUCAAGCCUCAAGUGUGAAAACUUGAUCUUUAAAAUGAUGACUCAAUUAAAAAGUUUAGAGAUUAUUAUAAUAGAUAAUGAAUCAAGCGGUGCUAGUAUGUCCUUAAUUCCCAAUAAUAGUAAAUUCCAUGAUUUAAUACGAAUUGAUGAUAAACCAUAUGAUACGCUUGAGUGUCUUUCAAUAGUAAACCACCCGAAACUUAUGAGAGAUAAUAAUCAGUCAAGAGUUGGAAAUGAUACUUACAAUCCAUAUCCGCCAUUCAUAUUAAAGAAUUUCCCAAAUCUAACGAGCCUAUGUAUUGUUUCAUAUGAUUUUACCAAUAGGCAAACACAAUUUCAAGAUUUCUUAUCCAGAUCUACCAAUCUAACAAGCCUCUACCUAGAGAAUAACGAAAAAAUAUCAAUCAAAAACUUUCUUCAAGAUUUAAUUGUUUGUGAUGCUACUUUCAGACUUCGCAAAUUAACCAUCAGAGAGAAAUCAGUAAGUGGUGCAGUUCACUUAAAUGAAAUGAACGAUUUAUAUAUCCCCUCAUUGCAUUACCUUACUUACCUUGAUGUAUAUGCAUCAUCUUUAUCUAUAAAGGGCUUGUUUAAGUUAUUGAAAAUUGCCAACUUCAAUAAUGAAUUGCAUACUUUAUUCAUUGGGAAUUCUAACUAUCUAUAUUUCAAAAAUGAUAAAAUAUCUAUUCAUCAUAAUUUAAAAAUAUCGCUAUAUGAUAUAUUAGGUGUUGUCCCGAAUUUACGAAAACUAUAUCUAAAUGAGAUCGAACUAGACAAUUCAUCGAUGAGAUUUUUUCGCAAUGACUUAGUUGAUAACAUAGGUUUGAAGAAUAUUAAAUUGCAGGUGCUAGAUAUUAGUUUUUGUAAGCAGGUCGAUGGAAUUGGGUUGAUGAAUUUGUUUUCAUUUAAUUUGAAGUCGUCUGAUGACAACAAACUAUUUAAAUUACAAGAAUUGAUAAUUGACGGCAUGGAAUUUAAUCAAGAUACUUUAAAAAUUUUAAUCAAAAGGGGUUAUGUUGAAAGGAUUAGAAAUGAUCCACUCAAAAGUAAGUGGAAACAGUAUGGUUUGACUACUUUAGUUCCAGAUUUAUAG